AUGCUUUCACUACUUAUUCCACUGAAAAGAGGUAGACGUACUGCCUACAUUCUCAGGUAUCAAUGGCAAGAGUACACCAAUAUUGAUGAGAGCCCAGAGAAAGUUUGCAACUGCUCAGCAAUCCUGCAGGGAGAGAAGGAGGCAUUGCUGCAAGCCAAAUUACUGACCAUCACCAACAACUUCCAGAAGGUUAUUCAGAUCCCUGAUGAGUAUUACAUCAAUGCAACCCAAGACUGCAGGAAAUUCCAAAAAAGUAGGAAAUACAUAACAUUCCCGUUAAGCAAGGAAGAAGAGGAGUUUCCGCUAGCUUACUCAAUGGUUGUACAUCACAAGGUGCAGAACUUUGAGCGACUACUGCGAGCUAUCUACGCACCUCAAAAUAUUUAUUGUGUCCAUGUGGACAAAAAAGCACCGGCCUCAGUCUUUAUUGCCAUCAAUGCCAUUACUUCCUGUUUCCCAAAUGUGUUCAUGGUCAGCAAGACUGUGGAUGUGGUCUACGCUGGAUGGACACGUGUACAGGCUGAUCUUAACUGCAUGGCUGAUCUCUAUAACACCAGUACAACAUGGAAAUACUUCAUCAACCUCUGUGGUCAGGAUUUCCCUCUAAAAACUAACUUGGAAAUUGUGCAAGCUUUGCGUUCACUGAAAGGAGGUAACAGUUUGGAGUCUGAAGAAAUGCCUCAAGGAAAGAAGAAGAGGGUGAUGAAUGUUUACCAAGUAGUUGAUGGACAAAUCCAGCCAAUAGGAAAAACAAAGGAUCCAGCUCCCUUCAAUCUCCCUAUACUAUCAGGAAAUGCCUACAUUGUGGUCAACCGAGGUUACAUUCGCAGUGUGUUGGAAGACAAGCGAAUACAGGCCCUCAUUGAGUGGGCCAAAGACACCUACAGUCCUGAUGAGUUUCUGUGGGCAACAAUACAACGAAUGCCUGGUGUUCCUGGUUCAACAUGGCCCAACUCUAAAUUUGACAUGACAGACAUUAAUGCAAUUGCACGGAUCGUGAAGUGGCAGUGGCACGAGGGGUCAGAGCGUUCCUUGCAAGCAGCAUACCCAGAAUGUAAAGGCCAUCAUGUCAGAUCAAUAUGUGUGUAUGGUGCUGGAGACCUGCAGUGGUUGAUUGAACAGCAUCACCUUUUUGCCAAUAAGUUUGAUACAGACAGAGAUCCCAUUGCUAUCUACUGCUUGGAGAAAUAUCUGAGACACAAGGCACUGACUGACACAAUCAGGAAAAGGAAGGAUGGACACUAUGAGAUGCCACUUCCUUUCAAGGGCAGCUCUCCACCCAUGCUGCCAAACAACAAGCGACUGGCUGAAGCUCGUUUGCAACACCUCAAGAGGAAGUUAAGGUCCAAUAGGCAGUACCAUGACCAUUACACAGCAUUCAUGGAGGAAACCAUCAGCAAAGAUGUUGCAGAACCAGCCCCCCCAGCACAUGAGGGAGAGACAAUUUGGUACAUCCCACAUCAUGGGGUGAACCAUCCUAGGAAACCAGAUAAACUUAGGGUGGUCUUCGACUGUUCAGCCAAGUUUCUGGGCAUCUCUCUGAAUGACACCUUAUUGACUGGCCCUGAUCUGAUAAACUCUCUAGUAGGAGUUCUCUGCCGCUUUAGGAGGGAAGCAGUAGCCAUCACCUGCGACAUUUAA